AAAGGAGCAAGUCACCCUUUGGGGCUUGGAGCCGCACUGCUGUGUCCACAGGAGGGAAGCUGGACCGAGGACCCAGGUGCAGGGCGGGUGGCAGUGUCCUGUCCCAGCGAGGCCCGGUGUGCUGUAGGCGAGGCUCCUGCCCCCACUGCGGGGUCCCCGGGUUUAGUGAGGCUCAGGAGACACCCCCACCCAUUGUUUGCCCUGAGAGGGCAGAAGGGAGCCCCGGGCUGGGCCCGUGGUCAGCGCAGGCCUCAGUGUCAGCGGCUGCUGUGGCGUCCAUACCCUCAGCUGGAUGCCGACAAGUAUGAGAAUGACCCGGAACUAGAAAAGAUCCGGAGAGAGAGAAACUACUCCUGGAUGGACAUCAUCACCAUAAGCAAGGACAAGCUGCCCAAUUACGAGGAGAAGAUCAAGACGUUCUAUGAGGAGCACCUGCACCUGGACGAGGAGAUCCGCUACAUCCUGGAGGGCAGCGGCUACUUCGACGUGAGGGACGCGGAGGACAAGUGGGUCCGGAUCUUCAUGGAGAAGGGGGACCUGAUCACCCUGCCCGCCGGCAUCUACCACCGCUUCACGCUGGACGAGCAGAACUACGUGAAGGCCAUGCGGCUGUUCGCGGGCGAGCCCGUGUGGACCGCGUACAACCGGCCGGCAGACCACCUUGAGGCCCGGGGGCGCUACGUGGCCUCCUUGGCGCAGACGGCGUAGGGGGACGGCCAGUCGGCGCGGAGGGGUGUGGGCGCCUGCGGGGGCUCCCCAGCGGGAGACUGGGACCAGGGCUGCCGCCGCGGGCGUCCGCUCACUGUCACGCGACACGUCUGAAACACGGUCACCCUGGAAAACCCA